UCGUAAUUUGGACCACGAAGCAGCUGCUAUGUGGACGGACGGAUGCUAAGCUACAUUUUGAAGCUACAACCUGUAUGAGAAAUGAUGCUAAAUACCUCAAGCUACAACCUGUAUGAGAAAUGAUGCUAAAUACCUCAAGCUAGCUCCGAUUGACAAUGAUGUUUACAUCGGAAGUCGACUUCUACGCACUUCCCUAGCAACAGCACUCCUUGACAACAGCUAAUGAACACAAGCUAAAGAAUGGAGCACACAGAUGCUAAAUUGUCAUUGUGGGAACAAGUUUGCCAAGAGUUUGAAGCUGAGCAGCCCAGUCCUCCUAAACAGAAGCUGAAGACAUCAGUGGAUGAUGCUCAUCCGGAACCUCUCGCUGGUACUGGUGACUUGAAAGCUGUUCCUCAUCGGAAGCAUGCUGAGACAGCCGAAACGACACCAUCUCCACAGAAUAAUGAACGGCCAGUCAAGCGGUUCUUGGAGAAAAUAGUGUUCCCUGUGUUAUUACCCGGUCUUGAAGCUUUGCUGAGCGAAGCCCAGAAAGCUCACUGUUUUGAGAGAAAAAUGACCAAAUUUCUCCCUUGUGACUUCCUAACUGAGUGGCUCUACAAUCAUAACCCCCAGAGGCAGGGACAGGAUCCAGUGAACUUUUUUGACAUUCCCUUUGUCAGUGACUGGCUGAAGGAGCAUCCUAGGCCUCCCAUACCUUUGUUUCUACUGCUCAGUGAGGAGGAGGCUGCCCUGAUUGUCCAGUCUUUCUGGAGAGGAUAUAAGGUCAGAGCACGGCCAGACGUGCAGGAAUUACGGCGAUGGCAAAGGGAACAGCGGGAGAAAAAAGACAUUACCACAACGGUUGCACGUUUCUGGGCCCGGCAAGAGGCCAAAGUUGCUAUGAUGAAGGCAAAGCUUCCAGAGAAUCCUGAUGCUGAUAGCUCUUUCCCUCGGUUGUACAUGAAGCCCACCAACAAGGCGACCCCAGGGCCCAGUGAGUUGGAGACCACCAACCUGGUAAUACAUGGAAUAAAAAAGGUCGGAGCUUUUCCAUUCCGGCAGACAAUUAAGGCCGGAGUGAGGAGUGACUUGGCCUUCGCAGCAGCACUUGCCAUCCUGUUUAUCAGGAAAGGAAAUGUCCUUGUCAGGGAAUCAGAAAAUAAAAACAAUGUUUCAAACUCCAAACGUCACAGGUGAAUGAUUGUUGUCUGCAUGAAAGAACACAUUAAUUAAUAUUCUCCUGAAAUAUUUAUUAUUUGUGUUGUUGUAGCAUGUUGCCCUGCUCAAUAAUAUGUAUUUAACACUAACAGAUACAUUUAUCAGCAAUCCCUGUGGUGAUCAAGCAUUGUCUCAAUCUUUUCAUGAACUCAUCCUUAAAUGAGUUCAUAAAAUGUGAUUUG